CUUUCUCUCUCACACACACAUCCAGCGGCCACAACAGCAGCGGGCACAGGAAGAACUGAGUGCUAUCUUCAGAGAGAUAGAGAGAAGCAGGAGAGAGAAAGAGAGAGAGGGAGUGUGUGUGUGAGAGAGAGAGAGAGAGAAAGAGGGGGGGGACCACACAACAACAACCUCAUACUGGGCUCAAGCUGUCUCUUGACUGAUGGACAACUCCACACAUCAACAGUUGCAGUUACUGUCUAAGCAUUGAGAGAAGGAGAGGAUAGAAAAGAGAGGAGCGCUAAAGAGAAGAGAGUCAAGGAGGAGCACCUCAGUCCCCUCUCCGAGGAGAAGAAAAAAAAAGAGUUUUUAGUCACUGAUGGAAUAUUUUCUUCAGUGAUGCAGAUGGAGCAGCCUGUGCGGCAGGACAUGCAGUUCUACUACGUGGGGGACCAUACGUGGGCGACCAUGCUGGGCCAGAGUGUGCGUCUGCAGCCGGUGCCUAUCCAGAGCCUAUCUGAACUGGAGAGAGCUAGGCUGCAAGAGGUAGCCUGCUACCAUCUCGGGGAGCGGGACCUUGACUUCAACAUCAGCAUCCCCAGAGAAAUCCGUAAGAGGAGAAAAUCGCUCAGAAGGAAGUUUGACUCCUUCUCCAAAGAAAAGAAAGAGAAAGAGCGAGAGACAGCCGCCAAGGCGUUUGGCAUACCUCUUUCGCAGACGAUAGCCAACGACCGCGCAUACAAGCAGCGUCAGGAUGCUCUAAAGGAGAGCCGGAGAGACUGCCUUGAUCUAGAGGCCAGCGUCCUGAGGUUCCGGGCUGAGAAACAACAGCAGAGCAACGGGAAUAAACCCCUCUGUAGCACGGCUUCAUCCCCCUUCAGUGGUGCUACAUCCUCCUCAUCAUCGGCAGCACUGGCGUUGCACAGCAAGCCACUCUCACCCAGGUUCCUGGAUAAGAAAGCUAGAGUGCAGAGACGGGGUGGCCUGUCAGUGGACUCCAUCUCAGAUCUUGUAGAGAGUCAGUCCCGCCUGUUGGAGGCGCUGCAGCUGUCCCACCCUGCAGAGCUGGAGCUGAAGAAGACUGCAGCAGGUGCCGGGGGGCGGACUCAGACCAAGUUGAGCCUCAACCCCAUCUAUAGACAGGUUCCCCGUGUGUUGGAGAGGUGCUGCUGCCACAUAGAGAGACACGGUCUACAAACUGUGGGGAUCUUUCGUGUUGGGAGUUCCAAAAAGAGAGUUCGGCAGCUUCGUGAGGACUUUGACAUAGGGACAGAUGUGUGUUUGGAUGAGGAGCACAGUGUCCACGAUGUAGCGGCAUUACUGAAGGAGUUCCUCAGAGACAUGCCUGACCCUCUACUGCCAAGAGAGCUCUACGCUGCCUUCCUACACGCCAACCUUCUGCGAGGGACAGACCAGCUAAUGUACCUCCAGCAGCUGCUCUACCUGUUACCCCCCUGUAACUGUGAUACCCUGCUCCGCCUCCUCACCCUGUUACACACCGUACAAAGCCACGCACAGGACACAACAGGACCACAGCACCAGGAGUUCCCCGGCAACAAGAUGACAGCAACCAACCUGGCAGUGAUCUUUGGUCCCAACCUGCUGCAGGGGGAGAGGGGCGGAGGGGACAGGGAGAUGAGUCCCCACGCCAUGGGCAUUGAGGACAGCGCUGCCAUCAUCAACGUCACCCUUCACCUUAUACAGAACUACAGGCGACUGUUCACGGUGUCAGCAGAGCUCCAGCAGGAGGUAUUGAUGAGUCUCAUCCAGACAGAUCCUGACAUCAUCGACUAUCUCCUUCGCAGGAAACUCAGUGGCAGUCACCUGACGGUGGAGACGGUAGACACAGCGGGGGGUCGGCGGGACACGGGGGCAUCUCUGGACUCUGUAGGGGCGUCUAGUGGCAGCCUGUCACCCCUGGAGCCCUCGCCCCUCUUCAACCCCGACGAGCCCGGGGACAGCAGGCUGACCACAGAGGUGUUCCUCAACCUCAACGUCCUCCAACGCCACCAUAACAACAAGAAACGUUCCAACGAGACCCCGUCCAAGUCCAUUGGUCAGAUGAGACAGUUCCACUCCCACCACAACCUACUGAGUCUGGCCCAGCCCUCCAGUAGCUCCAGAGUCCACCCAGAGGACAGCCAACACCAUGCCCAGGAACGGAGGAUUCCGCUGGGCGAAGGUCUGAGCUUCACCCUAGGGGCUGCCUCAUGCUCCAGCCUGGGAGGACAGGGGGAAAACAGUAUCUGGGUGAGGCAGACACCCCAGGAGGAGAAAGAGAAAGCCUCUCCUAGUCAUACAAGUCAUUUUUGGGACUUCUUCACAGGCAAGGGCUCAGGGUCUGAGACCAUGGUAUGACAGGAUAGAACACGGGGGGGGGGGGGGGGGGGGGGUUGCAGGGUGGAUUGGGACUAGAAAUGGUUGGACUGGCCCACCAUGCCUUUGUCUGGUCUGCCCUAUUGUCAUUUCUGGCUGGCUGGGAGGUGGUUGGACCACGUUGAGGGACACUGAUAUAGAGUAGUGUUUGUUUGUGGCUGUAUCCUUUAUGAUCAUCUAUAUUCUGAACCCUCUGUUGGGUAACUGAACACAUAACGUUUGAUACGGCUGAAGACCAAGGAGACGAUGGGCAACACUCUGUAAAUACAUCAGUGUUUUAAACCAUGAAGUCUAUGGGCUCGAUUUGUAAAGUUCUGCAUUGGAGCCCGAUUGACAUUUUAAAGACAACGUUCCCAUGCUAGCCGAGACUAGAUUCACGUUAACCGCUGCAUGUCGGCUCAAUCGGGAAAUUAAUUCAAUCCCAAGUGCUUUCUCGAAUCUCAUAUAUUGGGUUUGAAACAUUGGUUGCCAUGACAAAAGGUGACAUUUUUCAUAUGUACAGAAAAGUAUAUAAUCGUUCAAUGCGUUUGCUUCAUCUUCUGGUGAAAGGUCACAUCAUUUCUGUCUGGAACUUAUCACACUUCACAGGACUAUAGUAAUUAACUACCAGGGACAAUGUGGCCAUAGAGAGCCCAUGUAUUCAAUAACUAAAGAACUACCUGAGAAUUCAAUUGGGCUUGAGGAUUGAGACAACUUCUUAUAGUAAACCUGUCCCUACCAUGUAAAUGCAGUAUUGUCAGUUUUUUUGUAUGUAUAUAAAAGGCUUGUGUGCA